AUGGUCUUGGUAUUGCAGCCUAACCUCAAAGCAAUACCUGGUCUCCAGAAAAAGUUAAGACCAAAAUACAAAUAUUGGGGUUCAAAAUAUGUGAAUGGCCCCCAAGUUGUUUUUGCUUUUUUAGCAAAUGCCCUUCGAAUAACCAUUACUUUUCCCGUAUCUUCUUCCACUGAAAAGGAAGCUGCUACCACUGGUUCUGGUUCUAGUUGGUGGACUACUUUAACCCCAACUGAUACUUUACCAAAAUCAGCCAGUGCUCUUUCUAGUUACGAUGGUUCUUUCGCUUUAUCCAUUAAAACCGUUUCUGCUGCAUCUGCUUCUACUUCUGCAGUUCAAUCUGCUGCUGCUAAAAGAGAUGAUGCGGUAAACCAAAUUGGUGAUGGUCAAGUCCAGGCCCAAUCUACCUCAACCUCAGCCCCAGCUCCAACUAAAGCUGCUGCCUCUUCUGCUGAUGUUGUCAACCAAAUUACCGAUGGUCAAAUCCAACAACAAUCUAAAGCUGCUCAAACUCAAGCUGCUACUUCUGCUGAUGUUGUUAACCAAAUUACCGAUGGUCAAAUCCAACAACAAUCUAAAGCCGCUCAAACUCAAGCUGCUACUUCUGCUGAUGUUGUUAACCAAAUUGGUGACGGCCAAAUUCAACAACAAUCUAAAGCCGCUCAAACCCAAGCUGCUACUUCUGCCGAUGUUGUUAACCAAAUUGGUGACGGCCAAAUUCAACAACAAUCUAAAGCCGCUCAAACCCAAGCUCCAACUGCUUCUGUUGUAAACCAAAUUGGUGACGGUCAAGUUCAACAACAAACUAAAGCCGCCCAAACCACUGCUUCUGCCAUUAACCAAAUUAGUGAUGGUCAAGUUCAACAACAAACCCACACCACCGCUGCUGCUGCUAGUCAAAUUGGCGAUGGCCAAGUUCAAGCCACUGGUUCUUCUGAUUCUUCAAAAGACUCUGAUUCUUCAAAAGACUCUGAUUCCGAACCAGAAACUUGUGUUGGCUCAAACUCUUUAACUUUGAAAUUAGAUGAUGGUAUCUUAACUGAUGCUAAAGGUAGAAUUGGUUCUAUUGUUGCUAACAGACAAUUCCAAUUCGAUGGUCCACCACCUCAAGCUGGUGCUAUCUAUGCUGCUGGUUGGUCUUUGGUUCCAGUCGAUUACACUGAAGAUUCUGAAACUAAAGAUAAAGCUGAUGAUGGUAAAAAAGAUGAUAAAUCUAAGAGAGAAGAAGGUAAUGGUUACAAAUUAGCCUUGGGUAAACAAACCGUUUUCUACAAGUGUGCUUCUGGUGACUUUUACAACUUAUAUGAUGAAUCAAUUGGUGAUCAAUGUUCCGAAAUUGAAAUUGAUAUCUUGAAGAUUGUCGAUUGUUAA